AUGGAUGUGCCUAUAAGCUCAUCUGCUGCAUCAUCUGAGGUGUAUAUACACUCUGUUAAUUCUCGCGUUGCAGCAUGCAGCGACUUUGGGGUGUCUGCGCACCUCAAGGACCAGCAGCAGGAAGUGCAGCAGCAAGCAGCAGCAGCAGCAGCAGCAGCAGCAGCAAUAGAAGCAGAAGUUGCAGAAACUGCAGCUCCUUCUCUUAUUGACGAGCGCUUAAAAGAUGUAGCAGAUAAGAUAAAGUCAAUCGAAGCAGAAAUACUUGCUGCUGUACGCCAGCAAGCAGGACUGCAGCAGCAGCUGCUGCAACAGCAGCAGCAGCAGCAGCAGCAGCAACAGCAGCAACAACAAGAACAACCGCAGCACCAGCAGCAACACCUGCAGCAGCCGCAGCAACACCAGCAGCAAGACCACCAUCAUCAUCAUCAGCAGCAGCAGCAGCAGGAGCAGCAGCAAGAGAUGCUGCAGACAGGAUCUCGUGUUGCUGCUUUGCUGCAGCUAUCAUUAGAGGCGCAGCAGUUAGCAGCACAGACUGUUGAAGAAGCUGGAGAUCUCUGUAGCGACUUAAGGAGAGUAGAUAUAGCUAAGAAGAAUAUAACAAAGACAAUUGGUUUGCUGCGGCUGCUGCUGAUGCUAGCAACAGCAACAGAGCAACUAAGAGAAGCAGCACUGCAUCGCGAGUAUAAAGAAGCAAGGAAGCUGCUGCUGGCGCUGCAGCGGCUCUCUUCUCUCUUUCAGGUGUAUAGGCAUAUACCCUCUGUUGCUGCGCUGCUGCAGCAGCACCAGCAGCUGCGGGAAGGGUUGCAGCAGCAGCUUUUAGAGGACUAUGAAAGCGCCUUCGAUCCCGACAGCAGCAGCAGCAGCAGCAGCAGCAGCAGCUACUGGAGAGAGAAGCUAGCUGAUGCAGGUCUUUGCGUUGAUGCAUUAGGAGGAAGAGACAUCCGAGAGAGGCUUCUUGCUGCUGCUUGCGGCUGUCUCCUUACCCCUUAUGUUCUUACCUUCUCUGUAGCAGCAGCACCAGCAGCAGCAGGAGCAGCAGGAGCAGCAGGAGCAGCAGGAGUCCCUGCACAUGUAGCAGCAGGAGACGCAGCAGAUGCAGCAGACCUGAGCGCUUCCUCCUCUGCCUUUGCAUCAUCAUCAGCAUCAUCAUCAUCAUCAGCAGCAGCAGCAGCAGGAGGGGCAGCAGCAGCAUUUCUUGCUCGUCGCUUCGGCUGGUAUAGAAGAGUAGUCAGAGAGCAGCAGCAGCAAUUUGCUGCUCUCUUUCCGCCUCACUGGCUCUUCGUCGAAGCAUUUGCUGCACACUUCUGCAAAAUCACCAAACAACAACUCGCGGAUUACUUAGAGUCUGCGUCUCUGUCUGCUGCUGAGCUGCUGUCGCUCGUCCGCGAGUGCAGAGCAUUUGAGGAAAGGCUUAACUGGCGAUUUGCUGCUGAGCGCAAGCAGCUGCUGCUGCUGCUGCCACCAGAGCAGCAGCAGCAGGAGCAGCAGCAGCAGCAAGAGCAGCAGCAACAGCAGCAGCAGCAGCAACAGCAACAGUGCCUGGAGCCCAGCCGCCAGCAGAAAGAACUGCUUCGUGCAGCAGCGCUGCAGACGGCAGCAGCAAUCGACCAGCAGCAUCAGCAGCAGCAACAUCAGCAAGAGCAACAGCAGCAGCAGCAGCAGCAGCAGCAGGGGGUGCUCUCACUUGCUUCUCGAGUUGCUGCAGUGCUGCAGGAGGACAGCAGCGGUUCGGGUGCUGACACGGCAGCAGCAGCAGCAGCAGCAGCAGCAGCAGCAGCAGAGGCAGAAGAGCAGGGUCUGCGUCUUCCUCCUACUGUCUCCUUUACCGGUGCAAUUGCUGCUGGAUUUGAGGGGCAUAUGAAUGUGUGGCUGCAGCACGAAGAAGACAAAUUAAACAGCAAACUCAUCUCUGCGCUGCAGCAAGACAAAGUAUAUAUUAACUUCGCCUUCUCAGCCUUUGCAUGCACCAGCAGCAGCAGCAGCAGCAGCAGCAGCAGCAGCAGCAAUCCGUUUGAUGCAGACAUCUUGCGAGAGGAUGGCUAUACGGUAGCAACAGCACCAGCAGCAGCACCAGCACCAGCAGCAGCAGCAGCAGCAGCAGGAGCAGGAGCAGCAGCAGCAGCAGAAGAGGGCGAAGUUUGUCUGCUACCGUCUCCAAAGACAUUUAUGAAAGAUUGGUUUGCUGCUGCUGCUGCAGCAGCACAGCAGCAGCAGCAGCAGCAGCAGCAGCAGCAGGAUGUGUGCGGGUUUGUCUUUGAAGAAGUAGACAAAGAGACACAGCAGCAAGUCAUUGUUGUUGCUGCUGUGCUUGGCUGCUGCCGCUACUUCUCUUCUACUUUAAAUAAAAUGCUGCUGCUGCUGCAGCAGCAGCUUCCUCCAAAGCAUCACAGCAAAAUUGCGUUUGAAGAGCAAAACGGGAGCGGAGCUUCAGGCUCUGUUGUUUUUCUUUGUGCUUCUUUGCAUGCGUCUUUGAAACUUUUUUCGCGAUUUCUUUCCAGGCCUGUCUACCGCUUCUUCACAGAUAAACUCGCACAGUGUUCUGUCGCUGUCACUGCUGCUGCUGCUUAUGGUGCUGCUGCUGCUGCUGCUGCUGCUGCUGCAGGUUAUACGCGUUUUGUAUGCCGGGAGUUUGAGAAGGUGGAGGUUGUGCUGCGCUCUUUGAUCGUAGCACCAGGAGACACGGGAGCACUCAGAGCGCUGCUGCAGCAGCAACAGCCAGCGGCUGCCAGUGCAGAUAAAAUUAACAGCUGGGGGCGUCUAGGCUUGCGAAGCAGCAACGAUGCUGCUGCUGCUCCUGCUCCUGCUGCUGCUUCAAGAGAAGCGGCAGCAAAGAAGGCAGCAGCAGCAGAUCCAGCAGCAGCAGCAGAUCCAGCAGCAGGUACAGCAGCAGCAGCAGCAGCAGCAGCGCAGUGGAGUUCGUCUGCUGCUGCUCCUCAGAAGCAAAUGCUGCCUCACUCUGUAGCAGCAGAGACAAAUCCGUUUGCUCCUUCCCCCAGGAUGAGCAGCAGCAGCAACAGCAGCAGCAGCAGCAGCCGCAGCAGCACAAACCCAUUUGAACCUGCUACUAGCGGAGCUGUUCGUACAUUGUCAGCUCGUAUGGCGCAGCAGAAGCUGUAA